AUGUUGCAACGGGCUUAUCUCACUGUUGUAGGACUGGGCUAUAGGGAGCGGUCCAAGACUUUACAAACCAUGACUUAAGUCUCUUGAAACAACUGUGUCUCGGGUUACUUUUGUGUCAGGUGGAAUCUGAACGUAAAAUGCUUACGGACAGGAUUUUGGAAGAAGAGUUUGUCAAGGAUGGAGAGCGCUGGUACAAAUCCCAUGACCUCGAACGCGAUCUUCAUUUGGCGGCGGAGCUGGGGAAAACCCUCCUGGACCAGAAUCAUGAGUUGGAGGAGGCCCUGCAGCAGAUGUACUCCACCAACCAGGAGCAGCUGCAAGAGAUAGAGUACCUCACCAAACAAGUGGACUUGUUACGUCAGAUGAACGAUCAUCAUGCCAAAUUAUAUGAGCAGUUGGAUGUGACAGCACGAGAUCUGGAGCAGGGGAAUCAGAGAUUAGUGCAGGACAACAAGCUGGCUCAGCAAAAGAUCCAAAGUUUAACAGAGACCAUUGACAGCCUUCAGAGCCACAUGGAGGACCUGCAGACACAAGUUGAGGAGCUCAAAACAUCUCAGACCGAUCGAAACAGACGAGAGACCGAGCAGAGACGUGCACUGGGGGCACAGAGCGUAUCCUGCCUGAAAGAGCUUUAUGACCUACAGGACAAUAGACAUAUUCACAAUGACCCCACAGAGGGACUUUGGUCACAUCAGGUCUUUCACUCAAAACAAAAGUGGUGUCCUGAUCCCGAGGAGGAGCACAGAGACCUGCAGCGCUGCAUACAGACCCUCCACACUCAGAUGGCCAUAGAGAGGAGCUACAGAGAGGCGGCUGAACGCGAAAUUGAACUUACAACCCAAGAAAACAGGAGCUUAGAGGAGCGGCUCGCCCUUCUGGAUGGAUGCAGGGCUCGGAAACAAGAACUGGAGGCUGAGGUGGAGCAGCUGAGGUGUCUGUGGCAGAGAGACUGUGCCAACAAGAGGUCAGGACAGGUGCUGUUGCCAGACACAGUUUUCUUUUCUUCAGAUGAAAAGCCCAGCUCUGAGCAGAGUGAGACUCCGGAGAGGCUGAGCGAGCACAAACAGCUGAGCAGACCGAGGUGUAACAGUGACAGUGUCCUGAGAGCCACUGAUGAGCUCACCCACAGCCACGAGCAGACGUGUGUGCGACGGGCGGAGGUGAUCACACAGAGGGGCAUGUCCCUGCUGCAUGAGGUCGACGCUCAGUACAGUGCUCUACAGGUCAAAUAUGAAGAGCUCCUACUGCGCUGCAAGCAGGCCUCAGACAGGCUUACUCAUAAGGCCGUGCAAACGUCCUCCAGUCCUUCAGUGAUGAGCCGCUCUUGGAGGCGACUAUCUGACCUGAGUGUGGUCCCUGAGGAAGGCCAGCCUGAGUAUAAGCUCCUGUUCAGAGAGCUGUUUACUUGCAUCCAGAAGACCAAACAAGACCUGCACUGCAACAGGGACAUCUCCAAAUGAGGCUUGAGGCUUGUUUUUAUGAAUCAUGCACAUAACAUAGUGAGUCAGCAGCACUGUCACUGUCAGAGGAAAAGGCCAGUUUUAAUAGCUGUGGUAGUUCAUGAGAAUGUAGGCUAUUUUGAUGCUAUUUAACUAUUCCCAAGGGAAGAUAUACAUUUAUUGAUCUUGAUUAUGUAAGUUAUAAUCGCUGUUAUUAAGUUUAAAGUUUGUUAAUGCAUGAUUUCAGUAGAAUACUGUAGUUGGCAUUUUGGGAUGUGGUUUAUGUAGAUGGACUGGAGUUAUGAAUUUGGGAUUGUUGUAUGUAGAAGAAUGUAAAACUGUUGCUAAUUACUUCAGCGUCAGGCGUUGAGGAUAAUUGACUUAACAGUUGGUAUUUGUUGAGUUGUGUAAGUUCACAAUGGUCAGCUUAUGAGCAAAGCAGGGGUAUGUUAUGAAAGUGUAAGUAGGUAAAACUUCAAAAGUCAUAAGUAAUAAGUGUUAUGUAUUCAGUGUAGUUAUUACUAUACUCUAUGGAACUGUAUUUAUUUAAUUUCUUUUAGAAAAUUACUAUUUAUUGUAAUUUAUUAUUUCAGUAGUUAAAUGUGCAAUUAACUGUUAUCAUUUCAAGUCUCAGGAAGAAAAAAGUUUAAGUAAAUAGUAUAUUACUGUUGGUUUAUAAAUCAAUCUACAACAGUAUUUUGAAUUAUUAUUGUGCAUUAUGUACUUGUACUAUGUACUAUGUAUAUUCAUCAUGUUAGAAAGAGUAGAAACUGCAUAUCAGUGUUACCUUGUUUCAGUAUUGACUCAAAAACUUCAAAGCAACAUUCAAUAAAGUAUUUUUUGGUGGAAUACCCUACAUUCCAGUUACAUUGUCUGUGAAGCUGUGUAAAAGUAAUUAAUGUUAAAUUAAAGCUGCAAAUAGUGAUGAUGACCCUCGCCACCACGCGCACAUCUCUCCCAUGCUCCUGCCAUGGACCUGUGCCCACUGUGGACUUGCCCCUGCCAUGGACUCCCAACCGCCCCUGGUUCAACUAACAUUUUUGCAUGUUA